AUGGAGGAAACAAGCCCUAGAAGAAUUGAAAAUAACUGGACUUCAGGUGAGGAAAUCAGAAAAAAGUCAUUGUACGAUAAGCAAUGCUGUCUAGCCUGACUCGCCUCCAGUCGUCUCUUAAGAUUUGUAGGCGGUCAUGGAAUGGUCGAGGGGGACUAUUACGCGCAUCCCUCUUUAACAUUUAAUUAGGAGACAAAAGAGACGACUGGGGACGACUGCUGAUGCUGCUUCCUUUUGUACAACUACAACACCAGGGUGAUACCUCUUAUUAGUAAAAUCCAACUAGUGGUCUAUAAUCAAUGCUGCGUUCUGAUUGGUUGAGCUACUACUAGGCUAAGUGUUAUAGCCUACUAGUAGCGAAAAUCGCCGGCUUUUUGGCUGCAAAAAGGGAUUAAAGUCUAGCUUCAACUAUCUAAAAUUUUUUUAUUCUCGAUAUUUUUGACCAACUAGGUGGAUUUUACUAAAACAAUUAUUCCUCUCGCCCUCAUGGCUUCUGAGUCAAGACUCAGAGCCUAUUCGGGCGCGAGAAAUAAUAAUAUUGUUAACUAGCCGGUUUCAAGAUCCAUUAUGUAAAUUACGGACCGAGUUUCCGUAAUCUACAGUAGGGUCCGAGAAAACGAGGCUAUAAGAUAUUUAUUAUGUGGCUUCCUGCUUGGGGGAGCGGAAACAAGUGCAGGACAGGUGAUUUGAUUUAAUUUGACCACAAAAAAAAGUUUACUGGAUCACCAAAACAAUAGCACAUCACAAAUGCAAAGGGCCCAUUUAAAAACGUUUAUUCGAUCAGAACUAAAAGCUCGGUAAGUUUUAGUUUGCCAAUCUGACACAGCUGUAUUUUAAAAAAUAGACCUUGUGUCUGGCUCGUACGGUGGGUCGAAGUCGCUUCCAAUUUUAUGUUGGUCUAAGAAAAAAAAAAACACUGCAAAUGGCAAAGAAGCUUGAGGAGAUUAUCAGGUGCAGGAACGUUUGUUAUGAUUGUAGAAGGAAUAGCUUGUUGGCAAAAAGUCUUGUAUCUCUGCCAGUCCAUUGUCAACUUUUUUACUGUGAUCUGCGAUAAAAUUUUCGAUCACCGACGAGAAUCCUCUUUCGCGAUGAGACUUCUUCACCUUCGUUCUCGAAUGAACAACACAAGCUAAAAAUUGGAAUCCAAAGUAGACAGACCGCAAAUUAUCUUAGUUGGUAAAAAAUAUAUAUCUACGUGUCGCAACUGUUCAUCAGUAGGAUGCCUAAAAUGCGUGCAAUUCCACAAUUGGUUUGGGCUCCAUUAAAUCCUAUACCAAUUACAGAACAUUUUAGGAGGAGCGACCCACCAUGUGAGCACAGUCACGGACAAUGUAAAGUGAGGAAAAUAACGCAAAGUAAAAUUAAGACGUUAAUAAACGAACUAAAUGUACACGUCAAUUAAAUAAAUAAACAAAUAAUUCGCGCGCUCAAAAUAAAAUUGUACGCGCACACGUACCGAGAUACAUCUGAAAUACAACACUAUGCAAUAAAUAAGUAAUGUAAGGAUACGAUGGUGCAAUUCAAGCCAGGAUUGCUAAUCUCAUCUCCCGCAGGGCUGCACCAUACUUCUCGACGAUAAGACCAUGGCGACUGAAGAAUUUAUUAAAUGAUUUCUGACGUAGAUUGGUUUCAAAGCCUGGCUGUCUGAGUCGUAAUGAAAGUCCACGGAGUCUAUUGAUGAAGUCAACUUGACUUCAAAUUCGACGUGCAAAUUCUAGCAUAUCUCACCAGUUGAGAUAUAUAAACACCGUAAGCUGGAUUAGCGGGAAUGUUGCUGUCCAUAUGAGGAAAGUUGACAAUCCGAAAUGCAAAGUCCUCUCUCUUAUCGUAGAUGCUGAUACGGAAGGGUGUGUUUUCGCCAGUCUUUCCAGGACGACGUCAACUUCCAAGCAUGUUCUCAGGAUUGCAAACAGUGAUAACUUUAUUUCAAUCAUUUUUUCGAGAUAAAAAGAUUUAGAGCUGCAAACUGAACAUUUAUGUUUGAAGUUGCUGUCCGUACAGUAAGUUAUAGACAGCAAAUUGACCAAUCGCAAGGCGAAAACAGACUUAGCAAAAUAAAUUAAAGCUUUAUAGGCCAGCUUUAUAGGACCAAUAAUGGCCUAGCAAGGCCAUUAAGAGUAGUAGUAUAACAAAAGUUUGGGAAACAAUACCUUUAAUUUGAUUUGAAACGGGUUUUUAUGUCGAAACAUAAAUUCUGGACAUGCUUUGGUUUCAAGGGAAACAUCGUUAGAUAAUUUGGGCUUGACUUGACCAUACAAUGCGGAGGUGUUUCCGACGUUUCUUUGAUAGCUGCAGUAGUUCGUUUUCGUUGUGUACUCGUUUCCUUUUUCGUGUUUAUGACUUGGGGAAAAAGACGGGAAACUCCUUGUGUGAUAACCAGACUUCUCUUAGUUCCCGAAAAUACUCCUGCUUUUAGCCAUUGCUUUCUUUCGUGGCUUUUUAAUCAAUGCGUUUGAGGCAGGUGAUAACUCAAAGAGAGUAACUCUGGCUUGCCAUAUACCGGGCAAUCUCUCUUGAAUUUAUACGGCAUCGUUACCACACGAGAACCUCCAAUAUACGAAGGAAAUAAGUUGUUUUCCGGUUUAUAUAGCUUCGCUAAUCAAAUUUAAUGUCAUCAAUAGUCGAUCUAAGAUCGAUUAUUAUUCAGGAAAGAGAACGUUUAGUAACCUCGCCUUCACCGAUUUUCUAUAAAAGAGACGCGUUACUUUCUGAAGUUUGGUUUAUUAUCAGAACGCGUGCGGUUCAAACCAAAAAUGUGGAACAGUAACCAUCAUCAUAGCCUCUUCAACAAGGUCAUGAAAAUUUGGAAGUAGAAAGCGAAGAAAGCUAUUUCUCCCAAGAAAGCGAAGUAUCUCAAGCUAGCCAAGGAAUGGAGUCUUCCCAAGUAGAAACAGAGCACUUAGAGCCUUGGUCACGCAUUUUUUAUGAAGCCGAAAAACGCCACGAGACAGAGCUCAACGCUUUGAUCAAUCAAUUACGCAGAGAACGGAGAUUCAGAAAACGUGGCUCGUAUUAAAUCCGAGAAUGCUCUUCUUCCUGUUUACAGGAAAGAGCUGAGAAAAGUACUCUCAGAGUAUCUACGGUGGAUGCGUACAAUAAAAACAGAAUUAAAGGAUAUACGGAUCAGUUAUACACGCAAACCUCAAUUACAAUUGUAUAUUUGUUCCUGGUCCCCUUGAGUACUGAUUAACUACAUUGAUGUUUCCAAUUCAUGUAUUUUUGAAUAAAAAUACAUUUUCAAAGCUUUAUAGGAUGGAUCAAUCCCCGCUGUCAAAGACGCGUCAUGCUUAUCGCCAUUCUACAAGUCAUGCAUGUAUAAAUAAUAAACACCAGAACUAUAUAUUGAUACAAAGUAGAAUGGGUCAAGAUGUGUACUUUAUUGUUAUUUUCUUGUCCUAUAAUAAUGUCUUCUAUUGUUGCCGUCUCGACGUGAAUAGGGUAAGUUGUCAAUGAUUACCAGCAACAAACAUGGUCGUGUCUGAAUAAAAGUGUGAAAAAGCUCUUGUUUGUUUUAUAAUUUCAGUUGCUUAUACUAGAUUAUAAGUGUUAAGUUCAUGUGACCGUACUUCUUCUCCAUUCAGGACCGGGAGAAUUAUUAUUAUUAUUAUUGAUAUUAUAAUUAUUGUUAUUGUUGUCAACAGAGUUGUUACAAGAACUGUUAAUUUACCACUAUGCAUGAUCGAGCUGACUUACCGAUUAUCGUAUAAGUUAUUGGUCGUUCUAGGUAGUAUGUGACAAGAACUUUCCUCGUCAGCAGCUAGUACGUCUAGUUUAAUUAUAUUUGCUUGAGGAGUUUGUCUCAGUUUUAAAAAAUAAUAAUAUUUGCUUAUUUGUUUUGUUUUGUUAUCCAAGGAAAAAUGAAAACUACUGAGGCUGAGCAUGUAGCAAUAAAGCCAGAGAGAAAACAAGAAAAUAAAAGUGAUUCGUACCCCGAAAAGAAUCUCCCCGACACUUUAAAAAUGUGGAUCAAUUUUGCAAAUGCCACUUCUUUACAUGGUAUUCGCUACGUGUUCUGGAAGCGACCACUCUGGGCCAGGAUUGGCUGGCUUCUUAUUCUGCUGGCAUUCACGGCCUAUUUUCUGUACACAGCACACAGUUCUCUGGUUAAGUACUGCAGCUGGCCCAUAAAUACCGUCAUAACACAAAAAUAUACAGAUAAGCUGGACUUUCCGGCUGUAACAAUUUGUCCACUUAAUCUUGUAAGUAAGAAAAAGAUGUUUGCCCUGGAAGGGGACCCCAGUUACGUCAAACAUGGCCUCAAUGACAGUAUGUGUUCUGCCACGGCCGCAGUUCGUGAAGGGAAACCUUGUGGAGCUGCAAUGAUGUGCUGUUGCUUGAGUUUUAUUUUCCUCGACGGUGCAAAAAUUGUUCCAAACUGCACUCAGGGGUACGCUGAAAGACUGAUAGCUGCACAGCAAAGAUCUGGGAUUUUUUUCGACACAGGCCACUAUUAUGAAAGGUACGGACAGGGAAUAGAUGAGAUGCUGGUCCCUGGCUUAUGUAUAUUCGACGGUAACCUAAAGCCGUGUGAUGCUUCGGAGUUCAGAACAACUUUCACAGAUUGGGGUAUAUGCCACACCUUUAACGCUGACCCUGACAAUGUCAGAAAAAGCCAACUGCAUGGAGUUGGGGGAGGUUUGAAUAUAUUACUGGACGCUCAAGUUGAGGAUCACACGAUUGGAAGGCUGUCUGAGGGUUUCAGUGUAAUAAUUCAUCGACAAGGGGAGUAUGUGACAGCUUGGGAUGGAAUUAACGUCCAACCAGGCAUGCAAGCAUCAAUCGCACUACACCAAAAAAGGGUGAGUCUCCACCUAAAAAUAAAGGCAAGGUAGGAUUAUUGUAAGAGUGAUUGUCUGCCUUAGGUGGAUUUCCACUGUCGCGCAAUUUUUACCUGCGUGUCCACGCCCCUAAAUUUUAACUCGUGUAAAUAAAAAAGAGGCAAGGCAUGAAGUGUGGCGCUUAAAUGUGAAGUUGACCGAGGUUCGACUUUUACGAUUUCGUGCGACCUUUCAUACUUAACCACUUUUCUAUUUGUGAACGUAAAUUUUUAUGCACGUAAGGAAGGACAAAAAUUACGUGACAACAAGUGAGAGUGAAAAAGACGAAACCUUCAUUUGAUUAGUCAUGUCCAAACUGAAUUCUAACACUAUUUGUCUGAAAUGCCUUUCACCCCUUACCAAGAAUGUGAAAGCCUCGCGGGUCCUCAUCACUGUUCCAAUUUUUUGGCAGAUAAUAAAUCUCGAGACACCUUACGAAACAAAGUGUGAAAACAGAAAAUUAAAGACAAGGAGAUCCUAUACAACGAAAGGCUGUUUGUUCGAGUGUGUUGCGGAAGCCAUCAUCGAGAAGUGUAAAUGUCGUUCUGCUGAGUAUCCGGGUAAAAGUUAUAGCCAUUUUUGGCUAGGUUUUACACUAGACGAGACUUUUCCGGACUCAUGAAGACUCCAGUACGUUUUGCAGGGGCGGAUCUAGGGGGAGGGUGCAGGGGGUGCGCACCCCCCCCCCCCCCCGGCGACCCCCCCGGUUUUUAUACACACUGGCGAAGAGGGGAGGGCACACGCGGGGACCCCAAUGUGGUUUAUUGGUGUUGAAGUAGAGCAAGAGACGAGUGCACCCCCUCCUAAAAAAAAUCCUGGAUCCGCCGAUGUUUUGCAUUUAACCGAAAUAAAAAUGUUCUUGUUUGUUCGCGUACCCUGAGCUUUUGAAUCGGGAAUCUAAGAUGAUUAUUUUUUAGAUCCGAAUAAAUGUUAUGGGAUAAACUGAUCUAAUAUGUAAACGCCUGCGAAUCCGAAUAUCCCAGUGGGUUAGAUCCGGAAACAGAUUUGAAUCCGGAAAAAUCUCGCCUAAGGUAAAUCUAUCCCUUAUUUUUUCUAGUUUCUGCUUAUCUUUGUGUUAGCUAUAUGUUAUUCAUUAAUUUUAACAAAACAUGUCAUAAAUUUAUGAAAACAGAACAAAAACCAGAACAAAAACAAAAAACAAGAAAGAAAGAAUAGACAUGGUAAUCAAAAUGAAAAAAGAGGAAGGCGAAAUGGUAUCAAGUUUAUUAUUCAUAAGUAGGCUGAGUAUGAUCGUCCUGGUGAACGUAGUCCCGAAUAGGACUGUUGUUUUUCACAAUGACUGACGUUUCGACAACCUGUGCUGUAGUAAUGUUCAGAGUCAAAGUGAGUAGUAUCACGUCAGUUGAUGGUUUUUAGUCAAAUUGUCACUUGUCCAACUGGACAACUGACAGUUUGACUAACAAUAAACGACAGUUUAACUUUGACAACAGCCGGAUCGAAACGCACCAAUGACAUUACGAGUCUUCAUAGCCAAUAACGUAACGGCCUAACUGGCAGACGACUAAUAACAUCGCGACUUAAUUGACCAAUCAGAUCAAUAAUCAGAGUUAAAUAUCAUCCGAUGACUGACGUAAUACAACUCGCUUUGACCUGCCCUAGGGUGGUUUCGCGUCUUUGGCAGAUCUCCCUCUCUGUUUGUUUUAUUCUUUGCGAAAUACUCUAGCCAUACCCCAGAAAGCAAUUACAGUGGAUUUUAGUUACUUGGCCUGACGUUAAAUAACCAAAAUGGCCAUGUCGGUUGUUUGCAGUUUCAGUAGUAUAAGGCGCACCGAAUUAGUCCUCGUUAGGGAGAAAAUCUGAUUAAAGAGAGAAGGGAUAUAAUCAAGUCGAAGACGUAAUAGGGUGAUUUAAUUGAGAUGUUGAGGAAAAACAAAAAACACAGUUCGGGGAGGAAGAAAAAAGAUUACAGAAAUGUGGUGGCAGUUGUUGGUAAGAUGCAAGAGUCCUGGUAAGAGUAGUGGUGGUGGAGAAAAGAAAGUACAGUUGUGGUCAUGUUGGAGGGGAGGCAACGCAAAUGCAAUGGUGUUAGAGGGAAGCCAAUAGAGUUGUAGUUGUGCAAAGAAGGGAAUAAAGCUAUGGUGGUUCAACGGUGGGCAAUACAGCUGUGGUGGUGUUAGAGGGGAAGCAAUACAGUUGUGAUGGUGGUGAAGGGAAGGCAAUACAGCCCUGGUGGUGUUGGAGGGGAAGCAAUACAGUUGUGAUGGUGUUGGAGGGGAAGCAAUACAGCCGUGGUGGUGUUGGAGGGGAGGCAAUACAGCCGCAGUCGCAGUGGUGUUGGAGGGGAAGCAAUACAGCCGUGUUGUUGUUGGAGGGGAAGCAAUACAGCUGUGGUGGUGUUGGAGGGGAAGCAAUACAGUUGUAAUGGUGGUGAAGGGAAGGCAACACAGCUGUGGUGGUGUUGGAGGGGAAGCAAUACGUUGUGAUGGUGGUGAAGGGAAGGUAAUAUAGCUGACUUAGUGAGAUUCAACAGCAUUUUAAUUAUGACAUGAAGGCAAAACUAGGGGGCUAAGACUAUUUAGUAUCUCUUUCAAACAUUGUUUUGAGAUGAUGUGCAUGCUGAUAAAAGGUUAAAUUCGUUAUUAACUGUGAUACAGCAUUUUUUUUCGUUCUAAAUUACCCAAAGCUGUCUACCUGAUCUCUAAAGUUUACUAUGUUCUGGCGUUCAACAGCAGUUUAAUUCUGUUAUGACAAACAUGAUUUGCUAUUUCUACUAUAAUUGUCAUUGUUUAACAGCGGAGAAGAUGAUGCGAACUUGUGGGAAAGUGGAUCAGCUGUGCGCUCUAAAUGCUACACGUAAGAAGCAUUAACCUAAGGACUUAAAGUAAUCUUUUUGUUUUUUGAGUGAUCGCGUUUGAAAUUAAAUCGCCUUCUCUGAAACUGGGAAGAGAAUUUAUGUUUUAAUUCCUCGUACCAUAGGAUCAAACCUUUCUAAACGCAAAAUGUGGCUAGCUUUAUAAUUAAAAGCAAUAGUGCUCGUAAUCGAACUCGUACGUCAUACUGGAAAAAAUUUUUUUUAGACCAAAUGGGUCAACGAAGCUGACCAGGAAACGCCCACAAAAUUAAUAAUAAUUAUUUAUAUCUUGUAUCACAGUAGUGUUUGUCGUAACAUCAUAUAAUGACCGUAUCUUUAUGCCUUAUACUUAAUCUCAAACCAAAUUAUAAAGCUCAUUUGAGCAUUUCGUAAGUGCUCCAUGUUUUCCUGAUUUCAUCACAAAGAGGAUUGACCAACGUUUAGUGUCGAUAUUCCGUUACCUUUGAGAAAGUUGGAGACUACAUACGUCACAGUUUAAGACGUGAGUGGGUUUAAAUAUUGUCUUUAUCCGUCUUUUGCUUCUUAUCUCAAAAGGGGGUUUGUUACCCUUGGGGUGGGGCCAGUUUCUACAACAACGAUUCAUUUUAAUUAACUGUUUUACUUGUAACGUUUAUUUAUGCGAACAUAUUUGCAAAGGACCUCGUUAAAUGUACUAUAGAAUGAAGACGUUAAUAAAAAGCAAGCUAGCAGGAUUCAAUGCUGCGUGGGUAGAACAGCAGUAACUUUUCAAACUUUCCACAUUAAUUACUUGGGAGUUUAAACUACCGCUUAGCAAAUUAACACUUCAGCCAAAGCGAAUACAUGGUUAACGCGUCGUUUUUGUUCUGCUCAAUAACGCGCUCGUUCGAUGAAUGGCGUGGGUUGACCUUGCGACUUAUAUACGUGCAAAGUAGAAACUCGUAAAUUACUAGAGCGAACGUCGCUAAGGCGUGGAAAAUUUCGUAUUAUUUUGAAGGUCUCACUAAAGAAUAAUGCCAUUGAACUUCAUUCCAGUCAAUAAACAUCCUACAAGCUGCAAUUGCCCAGUCCCCUGUGAUGAAACAAGAUACACUACGGAGGUUUAUUAUUCUAGUUUCCCUGAUGCCGGUUCUGCGAAAGUGAUACAAGCCACCGGAGCGAUCCGCUCUUUUGACUAUAUGCGGUAAGUACCAGAAACUGUGCCCCUGGAUAAUAAAUAUGCGUUAUUGACCAAGUGUGGCGCCAAUUAAGACAGGAUAUCGGCCAAGUUUAUUAUGUAGCAAGAAAGAAAAGUUUAACUCUCGAGGGACUAACGCGCGCGCAUGAGCUAGAAGUCCAUCUUGCGCACUUGGGUUGCCAAUCAGAACAAAAGUACAGCAGCCCACUCCCGGAUUUGUCCAUGUAAUAUUUACUACUGGGUUUUUAGUAGGGCCAUUGAACAAUGACAAUUUUGUUUGGAAAUUGAUGAGUGUAAAAGUCAUACUUUGUCCGUCAGGAAAUUGACGCUUUGUUUUGUUGUUGUUGUUGUUUUUUGUUUGUUUUUGUUUUGCUUUAGAUAAAACACUUAAACUGGGCUAUAUUUACUAAUUAAUUAAUUGCUAAGGUUUCUUUUGGCCAGAGUAAAAAAAGAGAGAGAGCUAGUUGAAAUUAGACGUUAUUUCUGAUCUUAUAUUAAUGAAAUUGGGUAGCAAUAAGAUCAAGAAUGUUGCACACUUAAUUUUAAACAGUUUUUCAUUUACUUUUCACGGAAAAAAAUCAAACUUUGAGUAAACUUCAAGAAUUUUUGCGAUGAUCGUAGGCUUCAAGAAUAUUUGGUAACUCUUAAAGUCAGGGCCGGCGAACAUAAUCUAUCACGCCCCAUUUCUUUAUAUUUAUCCCAGUAACUCUCAGGAAUCCGAAUGUAUCAUAAACAUAAAAUGGGUGAGCCUAUACUCUCUAUCCUUACUUUAACUAAUAUGUGGUUUUCUAUGGAACGUUGGUUAUCUGUAAUUUACAUUUCCAGCAUUUGCAAUAGCAGCAAAUUCUACUGGCAAUGUUGACUAUGUGUGUCAUUGUAUUUUCUAGGAAGAACUUUGUCUUUCUUCAAAUUGGUUACAAGACACUUAGCUACGAGCUACAAGAACAGACGGUGGAAUUUGGGAUUGAAGCCCUAUUUGGUAUCAUUGUGUUUACUUAUUGCUUACUCCUAAUCAAUAUUCAGCUAGAUUUAAGGUUGUAAUAAACCAAAUGGUCAUUUCAUUUUCGGAAACUCCAAAAAUGACAUGAAACGACCGCUACUCAGUUUUUUCAUUUUUUUUUCAAUCGUGUGCCAAAAUUGAGUGCCAAAUAGCAAUGUAGUUCGUUAUGUUUUACUGAAUACCAUGGCUCAUUAUAUAUUUUUAUGCCUUGCUAACAAGGAAAACCGAAGCUAACAUUUGCUUACCGGCGAAAGAUUCUUACGGCCUGUAAUGAACCGGCGCGCUGUUAAAUUGUAGAGAAGUUGUAACUACAGUAAUAAAUCACUUGUGUAUGUGAAAGCCCGUAUUAAACGAUUUUCGCAAACGGUUUAAGCACACAUCCUCUUGAAAAUUCAUUCUUUAUUUGUGACAGGCAUAUAUCUUGUUUUCUUUCUUUCUUUUUUUUAAGGUGAAAUUGGAGGAAAUAUGGGUCUUUUUCUGGGCUGCAGCCUGAUGACAGUAUUCGAGUUUGCUGAUUUACUUGUGGCUUUGAUUUAUGUUCGUAAACUGGGCAAAGAAUAUCAGACAUGA